AUGGGCCUGGCUGCUCGCUCGCUGGCGGUGGCUGCGAGGACGCAAUUGGGCCUGGGCUUGGGCUUGGGCUUGGGCUUGGGGGCUGAGGCGUGUGGACAGAGGGGGACGUUUGGGACGGCACACCGCAGUGCACAAUGGGGGAGACAACGACCCGACGAUGAUCUGAACAUCCCCAACAUCGACGGUGCGACCAAGAGGGCUGACCACGUGCUUGCUGUGUGCGUUGCAGACGUUUCCCGAUCGCGCCGCACGCUCCGAAAGGCCCAGCUCGAUGCGCCUUCGUCGGUGUGAGUACACCCUCUUCGCAUCGAUUUCACUCUCACUCGUUACAUCAACUGAACCUCUUUUGAUCCAUGCAGCCGACGGACGAUCAUGUCGGCCUCGUUGAGCAAGGAGUUGCGCGCAAAGUACAACGUCAGUCUCAUCUUACAGCGUCACCUACGGAUGCCAAGUACAUUGAACUAAUUCUCCAACUCCUCAUCCCCCACACCCUCGACUGUCCUUGAACAACAGACCCGCUCGAUCCCCGUUCGCAAGGACGACGAGGUCAUGAUCGUCCGAGGCACCUACAAGGGGCGUGAGGGCAAGGUCGCGCAGGUGUACCGCAAGAAGUGGGUCAUCCACGUCAACGGCGUCCACCGCGAGAAGGGUUCUGGCGCGACGGUCCCGAUCGGCGUCAACCCUUCGAAAUGCGUCAUCACCAACCUCAAGCUCGACAAGGACCGCAAGAACUUGCUGCAGCGCAAGGACCGCAAGGCCGGCGAGACGAAGGAGGAGGAGGUUGAGAUGAAGGCUGUCAGUUCGAACUUUACACCUUCUGGGGUCGAGUCACUAGCGCAUGGAAACUGA